CUCUACUUACCCCUUAACUCCCCCCCCCUCUACUUACACCUUAACUGCCCCUCUACUUACCCCAUAACUACCCCCUGGCCCUCUACUUACCCCAUAAUUGCUGUGCCCUAUGUUCCUGCUCUUGUGAGCACCUACCUACCUAUAUACCUAUCUACAUAACUAUAUACCUACCUAGCUGCUUCCUCUCUUGUGUUCUUUUCCCAUACUCAGCCCAUGUCCUUGUACCUGUCUCCUGGGUGCACCUACUCACCUCAUCUCCCUGCUGCCUACAUACCUGCUGCUCACCUGCUUUUAUUUAACUGCCCCAGUUCAUCUGCCUCUUAAGUCUACCUACCUGCCCCCCCCCCCGUUUGUUAGUCAGUGGGGCAAGUGCCUGGGGUUAAUGAGUUCACCAUGGGGCAGUGACCCUAAUAUACUGAGCAUGUGCCCCAGUGAAGGGGGAGGGGCAGCAAGAGGAAUGUGUGUGGCAGUUGGUGUAGAAUCCACGGGGGGGGCACAUUUAGCCCAUUUCUAUAUCUGUCGGUUGGUGUGUAACUGCCACAUUCUCCCCCUGUGCAGGAUUUCUAUAUUGUUCUCCCCAGAUACAGCCCCGGCCCCUCACUCUACCUUCUGAGUGGCCCCCAGUGCAGGAGAUGGGGCCCCUUUGUUUUCCUUUGUUCCUCUGAUGAAACAUCCCGGUAACGACGGCAGCUCCUGCCUGAUUGGCUUGAGUUAAUUACAGGAGAUAUUUCUCUGUUACACAACAAUCAGUGGCUCAUUAGUGAGUCGUUAGUGUCAUUAGUGAGUCCCUACUCAAUUCGUUUGCUCCAUUCAGCUCAAUAGUGACAGUGAACAUUGCGCAGAAAUCGGCAUGGGAUUAACGGGAUUUGGGGUGUUCUUCCUGAUCUUUGGGAUGCUGCUGUUUUUUGACAAAGCCUUAUUGGCUAUAGGAAAUGUGCUGUUUGUGGCCGGCUUGGCCUUCGUCAUUGGACUGGAGAGAACAUUCCGCUUUUUCUUCCAAAAACACAAAGUUAAAGCCACGGGCUUCUUCCUCGGGGGAGUGUUAGUGGUCCUGGUUGGGUGGCCCCUCAUAGGAAUGGUGCUGGAGAUCUACGGCUUCUUCCUCUUGUUCAGGGGUUUCUUCCCCGUGGUCGUCGGAUUCAUUAGAAGAAUUCCUGUGUUGGGGUCUCUCCUGAAUUUACCUGGAAUCAGCUCGAUGGUGGACAAAGUGGGAGAGAGUAACAACAUGGUAUAGUCCCUGGGGGGAGGAGCCUGAUUCCGUGGCCGUGCCACUGAGGAAACCGCGCCAUACGCAAAACCUGCUCCGCCCGGAGCUUCCUAUGUACAGAAACCAUCCUUUAACCCCUUAUGUUCGGAGGAGGUGGAAAUACAGACAGUUUUCAAGACUUUUUGUUGUUGUCGAUUUUGGAAAUGGAGCAGAGCGUGUGGAAUCCAGCGCCGCCGCGCUCACUGCCCCCCGUAACCAGCACAUUUUUUUAUUUAUGCAAAUGACAAAAAAACAAUUGCGCUCCCCAGAACAAGACUCCGCCCCCAUGUGAUGCAUGUAAGCUCCACUGCCGCAUUUUUUAAAACGGGGGAAAAACUAUUUCUAGUAAUAAAAAAAAAAGAAUCCCGGGUUCUUACUGUGCGAAUAAACCAUUUUUUGUA